AUGGCCAGCAAAUACACUCGCCUUGCAAAACAAGAAGAACCAGAGAAGCCACAGAAGCCAGAGCUCAGGAUUUUGCUUCUUGGAAAAACUGGAGUUGGAAAGAGUGCUUCAGGAAACACCAUCCUAGGAAAAGGGAAUGCUUUUGUAUUGACAUCAUCAGAGUGUCAGAAGGAAACGGGAGAGUUUGAAGGUCAAAAACUGGCUAUAGUUGAUACUCCAGGUCUGUGUGACUCCAGUAGAACUGAAGAGGAGUUGACAGCAGAGAUGGAGAGAGCCAUCUGCUUUGCUGCUCCUGGUCCUAAUGUGUUCCUGGUUGUGAUUCAGGGAAACUGCUUCACAGAAGAAGAUCAAGAAACAGUGAAAAUUGCUCAGAAGAUGUUUGGAAAAAGGUCAGCAUGUUCCACAUUAGUCUUGUUCACCCAUGGAGAUGACCUGAAGUCAGAUGGAAACACCAUAGAAGAAUUAAUCAGUAAAAAUCCAGCUCUCAGUGACUUCAUCAGUCAGUGUGGUGGAGGAUAUCACCUCUUUAACAACAGAGACACGGAUCCCUCUCAGGUCAGAGAGCUGCUGGAGAAAGUCAACACCAUGGUUCAGAGAAAUGCAGGAAGAUACUUCACAGUUGAAAUGUUCAGAGAGGCUGACCUUCGGAUUGUUCUUAUUGGGAAAACUGGAGUUGGGAAGAGUGCAUCAGGAAAUACCAUCUUAGGAGAAAAAGCUUUUAAAUCCUCAUCAUCUUUUUCCACAGUAACAUCAGAGUGUCAGAAGAAAACAGGUCUGUUUGAUGGUCAAAAACUGGCUGUAAUUGAUACUCCAGGUUUAUUUGACACCAAAAAAAUUGAAGAGGAGGUGAAGGAAGACAUCAGUAGCUGCAUCAACCUUGCUGCUCCUGGUCCUCAUGUGUUCCUGGUUGUGAUUCAGGCCAACAGAUUCACAGAAGAAGAACAAGAAACUGUCAAAAUCAUUCAGAAUAUGUUUGGAGAACAGUCAGCAAGUUACACUAUGGUCUUGUUCACCUGUGGUGACAAUCUGGAGAGAGAUGAAGUCACCAUAAAAAACUUGAUCCAUGAUCAUGAAACUCUCUCUGAUUUCAUCAGUCAGUGCGGUGGAGGAUAUCAUGUCUUUAACAACACAGUCAAAAAUCCCUUUCAGGUCAGAGAGCUGCUGGAGAAGAUCAACACAAUGAUUGCGAGAAAUGGAGGAGGAUACUACACCAAUGAAAUGUUCAGAGAAGCUCAGAGAGCCAUGAACAAACCAGAAGCCGACCUCAGGAUUGUUCUUGUUGGGAAAACCAGAGUUGGAAAGAGUGCAGCAGGAAACAGCAUCUUACUGGGAAAAGUAUUUAGAUCAACAUCUUCCUUUCUAACACCACAGUGUCAGAAGGAAACAGGUCUGUUUGAAGGUCAAAAACUGGAUGUAGUUGAUACUCCAGGUUUAUUUGACACCAAAAAAACUGAAGAGGAGGUGAAGGAAGAGAUCAAUCUCAAAGACUUUAUCAGUCAGUGCCGUGGAGGAUAUCAUGUUUUUAACAGCCGAAACAAGGAUCCCUCUGAGGUGCUGAAGGAAAUCAACAAUCUGACUGAAAGAAAAGGAGGAUGCUACACCACCAAUAUGUUUGAAGAGGCAGAGAAAGCCAUAAAAACAGAAAUGGAACGACUUCGGAAAGAAAAUCCAGAGAUGACAGCCAAAGAAGCAAGAUACAAAGCAGAAAGAAGGAACGAGGUUACUCAGGGGAGUUGGGAUGCUGUCAUUAUGGGAGCUGAUAAUGUUGGAGCUGGUGCUGGUGCUGGUGCUGGUAUUGGUGCUGGUAUUGGUGCUGGAAUUGGUGCUGGAAUUGGUCUUGGAGCUCGUGUUGGAGCCAUAGGGGGUAAAGUGGGGGCUACAGUGGGGGCUACAGUGGGGGCUACAGUGGGGGCUACAGUGGGGGCUGCAGUAGGAGCGUUAGUUGGAGGUUUUAUGGGACUUGCAGCUG